CUAUUAUAGAAAUGUAUGAAAAAGUAUCUCCAAAAAGAGAUGUUUCUAAGCAGAAUUAGGAAAGUGUGUUACAUUAAUUCCAACAGAAACAUGACGUUCACGUGAUUCUUUCGAAAACACUUUCUAAAAGAUACCGACGGAGAUGUUCGUGUGUAAAUUAGGGUGGGUGGUGAGUAAGUGGUCCAUAUAUAGAAGCGCCCCCACAUUCACCAAUACGAACGCACACCUGUCACGCAUAUAUACGCAGCACGAGGGCCGAAGCGCACACUUUUUGAGCUUGAGUUGCUUAAGCUCUAUCGACUUGUGACGUCUCCACGUUCUCGGAAUUAUAAAAUAAUAGUUGAAAUCAGCAUUCAUCAUGCCUGGACGUCCGCUUUGGCAGCUAUUGAUCAUAAGGACCUUAGAUACAAUAGAGUGCGAAAUAAAGUAUUGAAGAUGAAUGAUAGCAGGUGGGUGAUAGCAAGGGUAGCUGUAGCCUCUUUUUGCUGA